UUCAGCCGCUUUCUACUUCUGCCUACACUCCUACACACAUGAACACGCCUUGAACACACACACAUACAUAAACCUUUGGUCAAAAGAAAUCAGGCAUUUCUGCAUUAACUUCUACUUUAACUUGUUAAAUUGCUUUGGGGUUUUUUUUUCUUUUCUAUUUGUAUUAGUUUAAAUCCUAUUACUCCCCCUCUCUCCCCUCCGGUUCCAGUUUGGCAGCCCGGUGGGGCAGUUGUUGCUGUCAAUCAGUUUUACAGCAUUAGCAAGCGGUUCAAGCAUGCCCAGAGAGAGCUAGGAAUGUGGUGUGGUUGGGCAAGAAGUUAGGAAACACUAUUAGUGUGUAACUUAAAACCAUAGAAGAACAGCCUGCUAGAGAUUUUGAUCCAGAUUGAGUUAAAUCCAAAGGACUUCAACUGGGACCAUAAACCAAGAACGGCAGUUGGCUGCUGUGGAUUUUCUGUCUUGGGCAUUCUUGCCCUCCUGCUCGGACUCCUUCAGACGCAGAGACUAAACAGUCCAAGGCCAUGGAGGACUCCAAGACUAAACAAGAAGAGCUAGCCAGAGCUAUAAUGGCUCGGCGUUUCCACCCGUCUGUCAUUGGCCCAGAGUCUUGGGAGGGAUACAUCUUCUCUGAUCUGAAGAUCCGCAUCAAGGAGUCCACGGACCUCUAUGGAGCUGUACUCUGGCCCUCGGCAAUGGUGUUGUGUCAUUUCUUAGAGACCAACCGAGACAAAUACAACCUGACGGACAAAAAUGUGAUUGAACUGGGUGCUGGGACUGGGCUCGUCACCAUUGUAUCCAGCCUGUUAGGUGCUAAGGUGACCUCCACUGACCUACCAGAUGUGUUGGGGAACCUCCAGUACAAUGUUAUGUGCAAUACCAAGGACCGAUGCAAGUACAUCCCUCUGGUCACUGAGCUCAUCUGGGGUCAGGAGGUGGAGCAGCGUUUCCCCCGUGCCACACAUUGCUUCGACUACGUCCUUGCAGCUGACGUGGUGUACGCCCACCCUUACCUGGAGGAGCUGAUGGACACCUUUGACCAUCUGUGCCAGGACAACACACAGAUCCUGUGGGCUAUGCGUUUCCGCCUGGAUCCGGAGAACGGCUUUGUGGAUCGCUUCCGGCAGCGUUUCCACCUGGAGGAGCUGUACGACCUCCCCAGCCUGAGUAUCAAACUGUACCGAGCCUGGAGGAAGGACGAGAGAACCAGAGACCAAAGAGAGGCUGCUGCCUGAACUGUGGAAACAGACAGAGAGCUAUGCUGUGUGACUGUGAUUGUGACUGCUGCAUUGGGACAAAUCUGGAAACUGUCUUGCUGAAUGAAAAUGUGUUUUUUAAUAGGUAAUGUCAAGUGCUUUCAUUGAUCUCAUAUAAAUGUCUUAAUGUCUCUCCCACAUUGAGACUUUAUGCUGUGCAGAGUUUAACAUACCACUAUUUCAAAAUAUCAUAUUGUUAACCAUGUUUUUACACAUUGUAUUAUAUUAUUUAAUAUAUUUACUGGUGUAUUUAUCUUGGUACAUUAGACACACCUCAAUAUAAUACAGUACCAUUUACCAACACGACAGCUUCCAAAAUGACCAGGGAUCUUAUUUAUUGAAGGAAAAUUGCAGUGCAUCUCAUUUAAG